AUGAGCUCCGAGCAGGAAGCUCCGAGCUCUGUGUCCCGCAUGGUGGCUCCGGGACGGGGUCAGGGUGGCUCUGUGCUCGCUCCUGCCUCUGCUUCCAGGAAGAGGAAGAAAAGGGGCCUCCUGCUAGAGCCAGGUGAAGAUGAGGAAGAUGAGGCUCAGCCCAAUGAUGAUGAAGCGGACAGCUUAAAGCAGGCUGAAAGGGCCAGGGAGGAAGAAGAAAAGAAGAAAGAGGAUGCUCUUUGGGCCAGUUUCCUUAGUGAUGUGGGGCAGAGACCCAAGGUGAUGACUGCUGCCCAAGAGGCACAGAACAGCAAGGUGGAAGAAAAGAGUGCGAGCAAGUUUCAGGAGAAAUCGAAAGAGCCUGAGAAGCCAAAAGACGCAGGAAAACUGACGAUCACCAAAGUGUUCGACUUUGCGGGUGAAGAAGUCAGAGUGACAAAGGAAGUGGAUGCAGCCUCAAAAGAAGCUAAAUCUUUUCUGAAACAGCAAGAGAAAACGCAGUCAGGCGCUCCAGCUCCCCUCCCUACAGUCUCUGGGGUGAAGCGGCCAAGUGGUAUGAGCAGCCUUCUUGGAAAGAUUGCCUCCAAAAAGCAGAAGAUGAGCACCCUGGAGAAGUCCAAACUGGACUGGGAGAGCUUCAAAGAGGAGGAGGGCAUUGGGGAGGAGCUGGCAAUCCAUAACCGAGGGAAAGACGGGUACAUCGAGAGGAAGGCGUUCCUGGAGCGCGUGGACCACAGGCAGUUUGAGAUCGAACGUGACAUCAGGCUGAGCAGGAUGAAGCCCUGAGGUGCUGGCGGGCGGCCUCGUGGGACCCU